AAAAAAGUCUACAAAACUCUUUUUUCACUCCGCCUUUCUUCCUCCCCCCUUUUCCGCAAUACUCCGAAACUCGUGAAAUAAAAUACCUAAAUUACGUAAUCAACCCCACAAUCCUCAAUUCCUAACACGUUAUAUUUAUUAAUCACAAAAAAACAAUUAAAAUUAAUCAAAAAACAACACGGUAUGUGCUAAAUAGGCUCUCAAAGUGAGUGAGUGAGUGAGACAAAACAAAUAAAUUAAAAAAUUAUUUUUAAAUAAAUUAAAUUAAAAAUGAUAAAAUAAUAAAGAAAACUCCACCCCACUUCUCUCACAAACACACAAAAAUAUUAGGAGAGAGAAAGCGAUAAGACUUGCAAGAAAAGAGUAUAGAAUAGGAAACAUUCAAUACAAAAAUACCAACAAAACUCAAAAUUUUGCAGUUUCUUACACUCUCUUAUUUUUCUACCACCACCACCACCACUACCACUCACCACCGCUUCCACCGCCGCGCAUUCGGCCGUGCACCACCCUCACCUACUCACCUGAAAAAUGCCCAUUUCUGCUACACUCUUCUUUCACCUACUUUUUCUUCCCAAGACUGCAUUUUUCUGGGAUUUCUGAGUUUUUUUUGGGGGUUGGAUUUGAUUUUGUCUGCACUAAUCCGAUCUCACUUCUCUCUCUUCUAAGGUGCUGAAAUGAAUGGGAUUCAACUGAAUGGUAAACCUCGCAGUUCUGAGAAGCCUGUGCCAGGAUGUUUGGGAAGAAUGGUCAACCUCUUCGACUUAACUUCCAGCAUGUCUGGAAACCGGCUUCUCACUGACAAGCCUUAUAACGAUGGUUCUUCUUUAUCAAGAAGUCGUUCAGAUGUCUCUAGGAUGUCGAGCAUUGCCAUAGAUGAGAUGGAAGAUAAAGUGAUGGUCUCCGACUUAAGGAGAUCUUCAUCGAACAGAAAACCUAAUGGAACUCCUGUAAAGAUGUUAAUAGCUCAAGAAAUGUCAAAGGACUUGGAAACAAUACAGAAACCACCUAAUGUGGUGGCGAAGUUGAUGGGACUUGAUGUGAUUCCUCAGCAACAGCCUGAUUUGGCUUCCCAGAGGAUUCAUUCAAGAAUUUAUUCUCGAAAUAGUCAUUCAGAGAUACCAGUAGGAUAUUAUGAGGAAGAACACGGCUUUUGCGAUGUUCAUCCCCAUCGAGAUCAGAAUGAAUAUAAGGACAUAUAUGAAAUCUGGCAGCAAUCUCAAAGAACAAACUGUAGAAGAGAUAAAUCGCCUCAAAAAGGAAGGAUUGCUGAAAAUAUGAAUGAUAAAAAGUUGGCACUCAUUCGUCAAAAGUUUGUAGAAGCAAAACGCCUUGCCACGGAUGAGAAGCUACGACAGACCAAGGAGUUUCAAGAGGCUUUAGAUGUGUUGAGUUCCAACGGGGACUUAUUUCUGAAAGUUCUUCAAGAGCCGAAUUCUUUGUUUUCUCAGCAAUUCUAUAUAGGGGACUCCAUUUCUCCAUCUCCAGAGACCAAGCGCAUUACUGUCCUCAGACCUUCUAAAAUGGUGACUGAGGACAAAUUUGCAAAGAGGAACGAAAAUCAAUCAAAGAAGCAAGUUUCGCUGAACCAAGUUAAUGUAUGGGAAAACCAGCAUAGUGGAUUUCCACCUACUAUAUCGUCCUGGAAAGUUAGUGAUAGUCCUAUUCAGCCCACCCGGAUAGUAGUGUUGAAACCUAGUCCUGUUAAGCCUACUGAAUCUCAGGCAGUUAUCUCCUCAACUCCGUCCUCACCGCGAGUUCUACCUAGUGAAAGUUUCUUUGAAGAACCAGAAGAUGAGGAGGCCCGAGAAGCAAGGGAAGUUGCCAAGGAAAUCACACAGCAGAUGCGUGAAAAUUUGGCAGGUCAUCGAAGAGAUGAAACUCUUCUUUCUUCUGUGUUCUCUAAUGGCUAUACAGGGGAUGAAAGUUCUUUCGAAAAAUCUGAAAAUGAAUUUGCAGCUGAAAAUCUUAGUGAUUCUGAAGUUAUGUCGCCGACAUCAAGGCAUUCUUGGGAUUAUGUCAAUAGAUUUGAUAGUCCGUUCUCUUCGUCAUCUUUCAGCCGUGCAUCUUAUUCCCCAGAGUCGUCAGUUUGUAGAGAAGCAAAAAAGAGACUUUCUGAGAGAUGGGCCAUGAUGGCAUCAAAUGGUGGUAAUAAUAAUAAUAAUAAUAAUAACAUUAAUAGUAAUCAUGGACAAAGGCACAUUCGAAGAAGUUCCAGUACACUGGGUGAAAUGCUUGCACUUUCUGAGAUCAAGAACUCCGAAAUAUGUGAAGUUGAGGAUAACAACAAUAAAGAUGAAGAUCCCAGGGGAUCAACUCCAUACCUGAAUAGCAAUAUGGAUGUCAUAGAAAGUGGUGACAGUUCUCCCAGAAAUCUUUUGAGAUCAAAAUCAGUCCCUGUUUCAUCUACAGCUUAUGGAGAAAGGCUAAAUGUUGAAGUCAACAAUCCAGCACUUUGCAAGGCAGGAUCUUCGAAGGAGAUAAUAAAGGCAAAAGUAUCAAAGACCUCAUUCACUGGGAAAGUCACAAGUUUGUUUUUCUCAAGGAAUAAGAAAUCUAAGAAAGAAAAGUCCAGCAAAUCCGUUGCUAAUGAUGAAUCUCAAUUGGCAACAGCUGAAACACCAGGAUCCCUGACACCUCCUGGAAGGACAAGCAAUGACCAUUCAGAGGUGGUUCUCUCCCCGACAUCACGGUUGCAUAGUGGAAAUGUUAUGAUAGAUCUUAAUGAUACCAUACUUGGACAAAGCAUACCUUCUCAGCAGGCAGGAACAUCUGCAAUUCAAGGAGAGAAUCAGGAACAACCAAGCCCGAUCUCAGUCCUGCAAACCCCGUUUGAAGAGGAUGACAGUACCUUGCUCGGUUGCUCUCGUAGCAUCGACCCAAACCUUCAUGGAGAACACAUCCCUGUUUGUCUUGGCAAGUCUAACUUGAUCGAUAAAUCACCACCAAUCGGAUCAAUUGCAAGGACGUUAUCGUGGGAAGAACCCUUUGCAGAAACAGCCACUAAUUAUCCUAUGAACUCCCCUUUUAUGUCCCUAGGAGGAGCGGAGGAUGAUGAGGUUGAAUAUCUUUACUUAGUUCAAUCCUUACUAACGAUAGCAGGCCUCAAUGACGACGAGGGACAAGUGGGUUCACACUUGAGUAGAUGGCACUCCCCAGACUGCCCAUUAGACCCCCUUUUAAGAGAUAAAUACAUCGAUCUGAGCGCCAAAGAGCCAUUACACGAAGCGAGAAGAAGGCAACUAAGAUCGAGGAGGAAGCUGAUAUUCGACUGUGUUAAUGCAGCACUUGUGGACAUUACAGGAUUCAGAACCAGCAACGGUUACUUGGUGGAGGGUGAGACAUUGACAGAUAAGGUGUGGGCUUGGAUUAAGGAAUUGUUGCCGGGUGAGGUGAAGUUCCUAUCAGUUGUUGAUGGUGGGGACAACCACUGUUUGGUGGAGAAGCUGGUUAGGAAGGAAGUUAUAGGAAAAGGAUGGAAUGAACAAAUAAGAUUUCAAGUUGACAGUAUAGGCAAGGAAAUUGAAGGGAAACUUCUUGAACAACUUGUAGAGGAGUCUCUGCUUGAAUGGACACCACGACGAUGAUGAUGAUGGUGAUGAUGAUCAACGCGUAAAUGGCUGUUGUUUCCCGCGCGUUAAUCUUUGUUUAUUACUCCUAAUUAAAUCAUUAAUAUUCCAAGUGUAUUGUUUUUGUGCAUCAAUGGGUAACUAACUCCAACAUUGCUAAUCUUUCUCCUCAUAAUCCUCAUCUGUUUUUGAAGGAAAUUGUUGAAAAAUGUGUAUUUAUUCUGAUUAAAAUUAUAUCUGCUGUCUUCAGUGUGUAUUUUAACUGUACUCAAGAUAGAAAGAUAGAGAGUAUUGGAUCUGAUUCUUGUCA